AAAUAGAGAAAGAAUAAUACAAAUUUCCUCGGGACCCUGAGCCGCCAUUCCAAGGAGGUGCCUUUUGGGAUGCGAAUCUGUGGCUUGUUAAUUGUUGCAGUCUCAGCAUAAUUCCGUGAAGAUACAACUGUUCCACUGAGGAGUAAAUUAUUCAAUAUGUCAUCACGUCCACAUGGCCGGGGGAUGCGGGGCGGCCACCACCAGCAUCAGCAUCAGCACCAGCACCAGCACCAGCAUCAUGGGUAUGGGCACCGGGGUGGCCAGUGGAUGCACAAGGGAGGCAAUCGAGGGAAUAGGUCUGAUUACCACCACCAGCACAACCAUGGUGGUGGGCGCUCCCCACGGCCUGGCAUGCGACAUGCUGACCCAGAGAAGCUGCUGGCAUCGCUGGGACCUGAUGCCCAGCUUGCACUCACAACGGCCAUCAUUAACUCUGUCCUAAAGACCUCAGAAGACAAGGAUCCUCGUGGAGGUUUCCGAGACAACAGGGAACCAAACUACCGCAACAGGGAUAACCGUCGUGAGGGACGAGGAGGUUACUACAAGGAGGAGAUGCGACCACGCAGGCCUUAUGGAGAGCCCCGCAGAUAUGAUAGCAGGUGGCACAACGAGGAGGGGCGCGGCCAUCACUUUGAGCGAGAGAAAGUCAACGCCGGCCCCCCUCGCCACCAGUAUGGCAACAGAUACCCUCCUGGCACUACCAAGAGGAGGUUGUCACCCCAAAUGCACCCAGGCCCCACUUACAAACGACAGAGAAUGGACAAAGUAGAUCCCAAUGGUGGGGAACGAGAUUCUCACCGUGACCUUGAGUUGAUGGAAGAUGAUGGCCUGGAGGGCAUGGAACACCCGAGGGAGAGAGAGCGCCACACUUCUGGCUUAGAGGAGGAGCGAGGUCACCGGAACAUGGCUGAAGGCAUGGAAGGCGAGUCAGGACCCAGUGGAGUGCAGGUGACCAUAAGAGCUGACGGGGAGCGGGCGGUGAACAGUGACGGCCAUGUGAGGCGAGUGGCUGGCAGACUGUUUGUGGAGCUCAGGUGCCCGCACUGUCCCAACCAGAAGUCCAUCACUUUCAAGGAAUACAAGAUGCACUUGAUAAGUGACUACCACAAGUCACGGCUUCAGAGACUUGCAAGGAAGCACACUGUUGUUCUGCGCAAGAUACGUGUACAGCAGAGGCAGGAGCAGAGGGACAUUGAAAACAAGUGGAGGGAGGAGAACCCUGAAGAAUUUAACACUGUAGUGUCCAGGUUCUGCAAUGCAUGCAAACUGGCAUUCAAGUGUUUGGGCAGCAACACCAGUGAAGGCAUCAACCAACACAACAGGAGCAAGUUACACAGGAUGCAGCGCCACUACCUACACCCUCGCUGUGGAUUGUGUCGCAUCACCUUCCCAACUCGAAUGGAGUAUGAGCGUCACGUGGCUUCCAUCAACCACCUGAGGGUGCGCACUGCUACUAUUGACCAGGGAGGCAACAGGCGCCCCGAUGAACGUGCACAGGAAGAGGAGGGUGGCGACCUUGAUCUUGCCAACUUCAUGACCUUGGAUUCUGUUGGAGAAGAUGGUGAGGGCACUGCUUCAGAUGAGGAGGGUGGAGGCUCGGAGCACGAGGAGAUCACGGGAGGCGUGGAUGCAGCAGAACCCCAGGACAAGGAGGUGACAGGAGCUGAAGAUGAUGACCUUGAUAGCAUUUCAGGGCAGAGCAAUGCUGAGAAAUCAACUCCCACUAGGAGGGGAAAGGAAACCAAGGAGAUAGGGAACAAGUCAGCACACAGAGAAGAUGAGGAGGAGGAGGAUGAGGAUAUGCUGGAGACAGAGUGGGACAAGGAACAGCAUGAAGAUGAAGAAGAGGAAGGUCACCAACCAUUGGGAACAGAGUAUGUGCGUCGUAUUGAGGCAUAUUACUGCAGCUUGUGCUACAAAAUCAUCCGGGCAGACUCUUCAUUGGGAUCUCGUGCUGUUCAGCGCCACUGCCGCUCCUUCAGUCACCUCUCCCACUACAGGGACCAUCACCCUAAUCUUCCCCAAGAUGAAGAGGGUGCAAGUGGGGAAGAUGGAGAGGGUGAAGUUGAUCUAGAGGAGGAACCUGACCAAGACAAGUUGUGGGAGGAGGUUGACAAAGGUCUCACUGCUCUCCAAGGUGAAAUCAUGACUGAAAUGGAGCAUAAGGAAGAGGUUGAAGGAAAUAAGGAGGUAGAGGAAGAGAAAAAGGAAGAUGAGAAUGAUGAUAAUGAAAAAGCAGAUCUAGAAAGCUCCAAACAGGAACUUGAUGAAGAUGAAGAUGAUGAUAUCAGUAGCAUCAAAAAGGAAGAGGCACAUGUGGAUGGGGUGGGGGACACUAACAGAGACGCAAAAAAUGGUGAAGAUUGGGAGGAGGUAGGGGAAGACUUUUCAGUCUAAAUUCUCUCUCUCUCUCUCUCUCUCUCUCUCUCUCUCUCUCUCUCUCUCUCUCUCUCUCUCUCUCUCUCUCUCUCUCUCUCUCUCUCUCUCUCUCUCUCUCUCUCUCUCUCUCUCUCUCUCUCUCUCUCUCUCUCUCUCUCUCUCUCUCUCUCUCUCUCUCUCUCUCUCUCAAGUUGUAAUACAUCCCAAUAAGUGUUGGUGCUGAUAGAGGAAGAAAUAUUCCUCUGUCUAUCCUUACUAACCUGAAUGUUGUUAGCAGCCAUAGCCACUAGUACUAGAAAUGAAUUGUAAUCAAGAAUUGCCCUCAUGUAUGUGUUCAUUAGCUGUGUCAUUAUCAUUCAGACACCAGUAAUAGUGAUUGUAAUAUUUUAUAUAGGGGCAUUGUUUUAGUGUAUCCAUAAAAGUGUGAUCAAAAUAUGCAGGCUUACCAUGGACAAGUGAUGGUUUUGAGUAUGAUUGAUAAAGAGUUAGGAAGAAGGGAACAGUGUUUGAAUAUAGAGAAUCAUGAUAUUGGAGGUGAAUUGUGGGGUUACAGAAUGAAAAUUAGAGUUUGCUGGAAUGGUUUUGGCUGUCAUAGUAAUACAGAAAAGAAAGUCUAGAAUGUUUUUUUUUAUAGAGGACUUGGCUUAGCCACACAUUCCAUAGCCAGGUUGGAAGACUACUGCCAUGGUGUUCCCUGUGUAUUGCAAGAUGGUAAUUGAAAUUAAUGGAAAGAGACAACUGGGAAAUCCUUCCAAAUUUUCUUAUAUUGAGAGAAGGGGGACGUCUGUCAGGUAUGUAGGUGGUGACUCUUGAAGUGAAUUGUGUGAUACAAAUGAGGGUGGGUGGUCUGUUUAGUUUAAUGUUGGGAAAAUGGUACAUAGGGCAUUGAGUGAGUUAAGGAUGUGAUGUUGAAGAAAAAGAGUUCCUCAUGUAAGGGAUAUCAUGUAACCUUUUGUAUGGGACUCCCCCACUUUGGACCAUGGUAACAUAUAUUAAGUAGUUGUCAAGGAAUUCUGGGUUAAACAAAUACUGCAAGGGGAAUGGCAGCAUUAUGCCUCUGUGAUGUUGACACAGACAUGUCUGAUACCUGGAUUUGUCUUAUUACAUCUGUCCAGAUGAUGUGUUCAAGCUGAGCACUUUCAAGAUUGUGUUUGUUUUGUCUUGUUAUGAGAAAUGAGCUUGGAGUAUCUUCCUUGUUUGAAGUCAAGCACUGUACCUUAGAAAUUAAAGGGGCAUUCGUGUUGGAAAGUGUGCAUUGUAUUUCUCUACUAGCAGGCGCUGCCCCAGUCCCAUCUUAGCAUGUAGUGCAUAUUUGUAUGAACCUGACAGUAAUUUAUUACACAUUUUGUAUUGAUCUGCUCAAAGUUGCAUAUUUUAUCAAUUUCAAAUGUGUAUGUUAUGUGGUAGACAUGGCUGAUUUUCAGGCUCUGACUAAAGAGCCUUCCUUGCGUGUAACUCAGUUAGUUUUCAUCAUUUACUCUUUCAUAAGAAAUUAUUUUGUAGGAAUAUUUCAGUAACUUCAGCUCUUACAAUUUUCUUUAGUUGUUAUUAUCUUAAGAGAAGUCAGGAGACAGUUUGCUCGGUUUUUAUUUCCGAUACUCAAGUUACCUGAACAAUGUAUACAGGGGUUACCCUGUGAUGUAUACUAAUUUUUAUUAUUUUCUUGCACAGGAAGCAAAUUUGUAAUUAGGUUCAAGUAAGUCUUAGUUUUAAGCCAGAAAUAAAGUGAUGAAACUGC